GUUGGCCCCACCCCUUGACGCAACUUCCUGUAAACAAACCAUCUUGACAGCAAGAAAGAGCCUUGUGUCUUUUUUCUUCGUCCCAACCGCGUCGUUUGCGGCUUUUUCUCUUCAGGGACGACAUGGCUCAGGCCGGGUUGGUCCUGGACAAGGACCAGUUCACCUGCUCGGUGUGUCUGGACGUCCUGCGGGAGCCCGUGACCAUCCCGUGCGGCCACAGCUACUGCUCGGACUGCAUCCGCAACUACUGGGACCAGGACGACUACCUCGGGGUGUUCAUGUGCCCCCAGUGCCGAAAGAGCUUCAACCCGAGACCGGCCCUGGCCCGAAGCACCUUGCUCGCCGACGUGGUGGAUCGAUUCAAGCGGAGCGGGUUGUUGGAGGUCCCGGGCGGCGUCGGAGUGGGGCAACCGCAACAACAACAACAAAGCCUGGCCCAGGCCGACGACGUGGAGUGCGACGUGUGCCCCGGGAGGAAGAACAAGGCGGUCAACUCGUGCCUGGUGUGCCUGGCGUCCUACUGCGAGAUCCACGUCCGGCCGCACCACGACUCGGACGUGUUCAAGAAGCACAAGCUGGUGUCGGCCUCCAAGAGGCUCCAGGAGAGCGUGUGCCCGUGUCACCACAAGCUGCUGGAGGUCUACUGCCGCACGGACAAGCGCUGCAUCUGCUCCAUGUGUCUGACCGACGAACACAAGGGACACGACACGGUCCUGGCGGAGGUGGAAAUACAACAGCAGCAGAGGCAGCUCAGUGAGAUGAAGCUGAGCUCUCAGCGGAGCAUCAAGCAGCGAGAGAAGGAAGCUCAGGAGCUGAGACAAGCCAUCUUCUCCAUCAAUCGGUCAGCCCGGCUGGCGGCGGAGACGAGCGACAGCGUCUUCGCCGACCUCCUCCGCUGCGUGGAGCUGAAGCGCUUCGAGGUGCGCGAGCUGAUCAAGGCCCAGCAGGAGUCGGUGGACAAUCACGCCAAGGAGCUGCUGGAGAAGCUCCAGAAGGAGAUCGGCGAGCAGAAGAAGCGGGAGGCCGAGCUGGACCGGCUGGCCCUCGCCGACGACAACCUGCACUUCCUCCAGAGGUGCCAGGCGCUGGACGCGCUUCCGCCCGUGACGUCGGCUCCGCCCGCCGUCUCCGUGGAGCCCGGCUUGACCUUUGACCCUGUGACGAAAGCCGUGUGCGAUUUUAAAGCGCUGCUGCAAGAGGUCUGCCAGGGAGGAUUCGUCAGCAUCUAUGAGAAAGUGAGAGAAGUGGCGAUCGCCGCACCCCCUGACCCGCCCGUCCACACCAACGUGACCGCAGCCGUGGACGACCUCCAGCCCGCCGUUCAAAUGGAGGAGACGGGCCUCCCCUCAACCGGCCUGGACGCAAACCCCGUCAGCCCCCUCAACCCUUUCCUGAGCCCGGGAUCUUUUGUGCCCACGUUUGUCUACUCGCCUUUUGGCCCCAAACUGUCUUCAGGCUCAAGACAAAGACACCUUCAACGCCGCAGUCACCCCAGAAAGAAAUAGAACUUCCUCCAACGUGGACGCUCAUUCACGUAUUAUUCAUUUCACGUGCAAAACUUUGGACUUUGAUCAUGCAGCUGCAGUAUUUUCCCAUUUUCCCAUUUUAACAUACCUCUCAACUGUACUGUUUUUCUUCUUCUUGGGUUACAAACCUGGGAACUAUUUGUUGUCACUAGCUUCAGAGUUCUAAGUCGACCAGAAGGGUCGAGGCACUCUUAUACGCACGCAAACGCAUACAAAACCUUUUACAGUGUGAAAAACGAUACACUUUUAUCUGACUUCUUAGGUACUGUAAUCAUUACAGGACUGAAACGAGUAUAAUUGUGGAUGCAGAACUGACUUGGAACUCAGUUUGGUCUUACUCUUUACGAAAAUAUGAAUUUUAUGUUUCUUUUUUAUCAAGCUUAUUCAUACACAAGUGAUAUAUUAUUUUGGUUAGUGUCAUACCGCCAUUAAAAAAAAAAAAGAUUUGUGAAUAUCGUUUACAGUGUCCCCAAACAGGUAAAGAUAUAAUGUGCUAACAUUUUACCAUCACGAUCCAUUUUUAUUAGUGUCAAUACACUGAUAUCAAAUAUGAAUACUGUCCAAAGCUGGGGUAAAUGUAGAAAUACAGUGUACAUCUGUGAUGGUAAAACAAUCAUGUAUCAUCAUAUAUUGGUUAUCACAUAAUCAGUGUAUUGUGUGCAAAAUAUUGCAGUAUCUCAUUGGAUUGUGCCUGGUGACCUAAUAAAGUGGCCCUCGGGUUCACAAUGUACCGAUUUCAAAGAAGCAGUGAGAAAUUAAUUUUGCAACAGAAAAAAAAAUAGCAUGACAACCACGGUGUUUACAAAAUACGUCCGAUCGAAUGCGUCAGUAUGAAUAUUUGAUAUCAGCGUCGCAAUACAGUCAUCACGCAGAGAAGGGAAGACAGGGAGUGAAGUCUGCAAAAAUGUGCAAUUGUCCCAUCAUAAUUCGAUAGUAAUUGGUGAAAUGCUGAUCGCAAUAUUAAUAUAAUACAGGUCAACGCAGGCCUGUCCAGCUGGGUAAUGAUUAAAGGUCACAAAAAUCACAGUUCAGUGUAUAAUUCGAGGCCAUGCUUGAGUUCACGUUGGGUUCAGUACGAAAACAAUGAAAAAUUAAUGGCUUUCCUGUAGUGUAACUAGAGACAAAUUUAUCACUGUGUUUUCUCUUGCGUUUUGUCACUCUGCAACCUUUUUGGCACUGCUAAAGUGUUCAUUUCACAAAAAUUUGUCAAAAAAGUAAAGCUAACAGGUAUCCACGAAGAUCUCUGGGCCUCUUUGGAAUUGCACAAUACAGCCACUCCAGUUCUCUAGUUAUUGUGGUAUUCACAGGAACCCCGCUAACUAAUAUUUUGGGUUUGAUCAAGUGAUGUUUUUAUAUUGCGGUUGAGGGACAUUUUCAAAAAGUCUUCAUACUGUAUUCCCACGCCUCCCCUUGUCAUAACCACUGAUUUAAAAACCUGACUGGCUCAUUGGCAACCAAAACUGAGGUCACCAUCUGCCAUCUUGACAGUCCCAAAACAACCAUACUGACCUGUCCAGCGACAGCGAUUUACUUCGUUAAUCGGCAGUUUCGUGGCUGUGACAAAACAUUCCACAGGUAAAUUAGAAAGAUUUACUUUGACAUUGUUAAAGUUUUUUUUUUUUUUGUAAAGAGUUUUUUUUUUUUUUUUCUGAUGAGCUUCAUUCACUUGAACAGAGUUUUGUUUACGGUUGUUGUUGUUGUUCACUGUUCACUCUCUGCUUCACCUUUAUAGGCGGACAGUUUUUCGCGAAGAAGCGAUGUCAAUAUU